GCAACCCGACGAGCCCCAGCCACCGCCCCCCCUUUUUCCGGCCGAAACACCGGUAAAAACUUGGAAAAUUCUCCUCGUUUUCUUGUUCUAGAACACCUAGUAAGCCUAGAAUUUUCCAGAUCUAGUCUGCUCCUCCUCCCCUGUCCGCGAGCUGCAGCUUGUGAUGAGCAAUCUCCGGGUUUUUCCGUUCCCUGCGGAUUUCCGCCCCUGCCAUACCCGCCGGAUCUGGUUUUGCUUGCUAGAAAUUCCGAUGGCUCCGAAACGGCGUGGGCACCCGAGGGGUGGCCGUAAGGACUCGGGCACUCCUCCGAUCCCAGUUGCCAAUCCCCCUGCCUAAGUUGCUCCUCAGGAGGGAGGGACGAGCAACCCUCAAAUGGACACUUUCCUUCAAGAAUUUAUGGCGGAGAUGAGACACCAAGCGUCUCCUGCCACAAGUGUGCCACCUCCAUCCCCAGUGAUUCCCACCUGGGCGGCCCUUCCUCUUAUCUCUCCUGUUCCUAUCUCUGCUGCUCCUACUGUGCCUAGCUGGAAGAUUUAUACUGAAUUCCAGAAGCUGGUGACUAGGAGAUUUGAUGGUACAGUGGGUUUUGAGCAAGUAGGGUCAUGGUUUACUGAGGUGGAAAGGGGGUUCCGCUUACUGAAGGUUUCUAAUGACCUUAAGGUGGAUGUGGGCAGCUAUAUGCUUACAGGUGAUGCAUUAACUUGGUGGGAGACUUAUUUGAAGCUACACCAAGAUGCAUUAACUUGGUGGGAGACUUAUUUGAAGCUACACCAAGGAGAGCCUGAAUUAAGCACCUGGGAUGGGUUUAAACGGGUGUUCAUGCAAGAGUAUAUACCCGAUAGCAAAAGGCGAGAACUGCAAAGAGAAUUUGCAGAUCUAAAACAAGGGUCACGUACUGUUGAGCAGUACAAGAAGGAGUUUGACCGCUAUCUGCCUUUUGUGGGUGGUCAAGUCAGGGAUGAGCAAUCCAAAGCUAAUAGAUUUUUAUGGGGCUUGAAUCUUGACAUUUACCUGGCGAUGAAUCAAUUCAAACCUGCCACUUAUAGAGAGACAACGAACAAAGCCAUAGAUCAGGAAAAGGCUAUGGCUAGGGUCCAAACACAAGAUCCACAAAAAGUUGGGUCAUCUUUUAAGAAGAGAAAAUUUGAUGAGAGUCAUAGACCCUCAAUCUCUACACCGCCUAGGUCUGAUACCGACGAGGCUUCUAAAGAGCUAAGGGUAGCCAAGACCGUGGGUCAAGCAUCAGCAGCCCAACGUACUCAACCUGCCCCACCUAUUUGCCACGCUUGUGGAAAAGUGGGCCACACUUGCGACCAAUGUCACGUUUUUACUAGGGCUUGCUUCAGAUGUGGCAAGCAGGGACAUCAGGUGCAGAACCAGAAUGUCGAGGUUAGGACAAGAGCCCAACAGGCGAGAGGUCACGUGAUGACUCACCAGGAAGCUGCGGCUACCAACAUAAUCACGGCCACCGCCCCCCCUUUUUCCGGCCGAAACACCGGUAAAAACUUGGAAAAUUCUCCUCCUUUUCUUGUUCUAGAACACCUAGUAAGCCUAGAAUUUUCCAGAUCUAGUCUGCUCCUCCUCCCCUGUCCGCGAGCUGCAGCUUGUGGUGAGCAAUCUCCGGGUUUUUCCGUUCCCUGCGGAUUUUCGCCCCUGCCAUACCCACCGGAUCUGGUUUUGCUUGCUAGAAAUUCCGGUAAGAUGAUAACUUCCAUAAGCUUGGAUUUUGUCAAUUGAUUGUUGCCUUGAAUCUUCGAAUUUCCUGCCUUGAAUUGCCCUUGUGCUGUUCGGAUUUUUUGCUGAAAAAGGGGAGAAUUCCGACAGCAAGUGAGAUGAAUUUUCUUACUGAAUUCAUGUAGGAAUUUUGUUAAUUAGGCUGUGGUGAUGUUUUGGAGAGAAACUCCAGUGUGUGUGUGAGUUGUGGUUUGCCAAACCAUGCUCUCCAUGUGUUGCCGUGAGUAAAUGGGAGAAUUUGAUGUGAAUUAUGCAAAUAUAUAAGUGCACAAUUG